CCGGGGGGAAGGAGAAGGAUCCGAGAGAGAGAGAGAGGAAUCGAAGAGGGGAAUAACGUGAAAUAGGGUUUGCUUAAUUUGAUCCUCCUCCUCCUCCUCCUCCUCCUCUCUCUCCCCUCUGCAUCUUCUUCGUUCCCCAUCGAAGCCUUCAAAUUGAUGGGGCGGAAUUCCAAGUUCCCCUUGUCGAGAUGCGAGGUGGCGGCGGCUGUCGGCGUUGUGGCCAGCCUGGGAUUGGGCUUGGCGGCCGUCUACUUUUCCAUGCCGUCCUCCGACUACAGUUUCCUCAAAUUGCCCCGCACGCUUGAAGAUAUCCAGGAUUUGAGGGACAAUCUUGAGAGUUAUACAAGUGACUACACCAUACAGGUUCUAGUGGGCUACUGCACAGUCUACAUUUUUAUGCAAACUUUCAUGAUUCCAGGGACAAUUUUUAUGUCUCUUCUAGCCGGUGCACUUUUUGGAGUUGUGCGUGGUGUAGCCCUGGUUGUCUUUGCGGCAACAGCCGGUGCAUCCUCAUGCUAUUUCCUGUCAUAUUUAAUAGGACGGCCCUUGGUCUUCUCAUUGUGGCCAGACAAGCUAAGUUUCUUUCAAAAACAGGUGGCUAGAAGAAGAGAGAAGUUGUUAAAUUACAUGCUUUUUCUCAGAGUUACUCCAACACUGCCAAAUACUUUCAUCAAUGUCGCUUCACCCAUUGUUGAUGUCCCUUAUCACAUCUUCUUCCUGGCUACCAUCAUCGGGCUAAUUCCAGCUGCUUAUGUCACAGUCAGGGCUGGAAUUGCUAUCGGAGAGCUUCGAUCGGUAGCAGACCUUUACGAUUUCCAAGCAAUAGCAACACUAUUCUUAAUAGGGAUUGUUUCAGUGACCCCCACUCUGAUAAGCAGAAGUCAAGCCCUAGAUAAUGCAUAGGAAGGAAAAACGUAAACUGACCUCGGUUUCGCUCAUUCAUUCCUACUUGCAUUCGAUUAUUCGAUGGACCGAGUUUCUGAAGUUUGAUGAUUCCAUGCUGCUGAUCAGACCCUGUUAUACACUUUUUUAAUUAUAAUGCAAAUUCAUGGGAUACAGAUGCAAAGAUUUGUAAAUAAUAAUGUCAAGUGUAUGAUGAUAAGUGUAUGAUGAUGCAAACUCAAUGUAAAUAUUUCUUCAUGUGUAAAUUGUUGUAGGGCAUGAUUUCUGUUGUA